AUGACCUGCUCCUGCUCUGGGUCGCAGAAGCAGCUGGAAGAAUGGUUUGAACAACUCAAUAUGGCUAAUCCUGCCCUACAGUUCAAGAUCCAGUUCAACAAGACACAGGUGGAUUUCCUUGAUGUACGCCUUUAUAAGAAACAGAACAGAAUACAUUCCACCUUGUUCCGGAAGAACACAGAUAGGAACUCUCUGUUACACUAUACCAGCUGCCAUCCCCCAGCAACAAAAAGAUCACUACCUAAGUCCCAAUUACUUCGGGUCAUUAGGAACAACACUGAGGAGGGGAACAAAAUCCAACAACUGCAUGAGAUGUCAUCUAGGUUCAAAAUGAGGGAAUACCCCGAGGAGUUGAUAUCUAUACAGCGAUCUGCUUUAGAUCUGACAUCGGCACCACAUGAAGAAAAGAUUGACCAACGGAUGACUUUUGUCACUACCUACACGGGAGAUAAGAAGGCAAUCACAGGGGUAUUUCAGAAUCAUUGGAACAUUUUGAAGUCUGAUAAAGCUCUGCCUUUUACUCACAUGUCUACUCCACAAUUGGGGUUCCGCAGAUCGAGAUCCCUGCGUGAUUUUCUGAUCCAAACAGAUUCAGUAGAUUGCUACCGUCAGUCGACUUGGUUGGAGACAAAUAAGAAAACAGGAGUCUUCCGCUGUCUGGGUUGCGAAACCUGUAAUGGGUUGAUUACGGGGUCUUCUUUCACGCACCCCCACAGACGCCAGAUAUACAGACACAAGCACCGCCUUACAUGUACCACGACCUACAUUGUGUACUUGUUACACUGCCCCUGUGGUCUGUACUAUGUGGUCAAAACCACUGAUGAUUUGAGAACGCGGAUGGCAAAUCACCGCUCUGCCAUUCGGACUGCCCUCAAACGAGGAGAAUCUGAACAGCCAGUACCACGUCACUUCGUGGAUCGCCAGCACAGAGUUUCCGAUCUGAAAUACACCAUAAUAGAUCACAUUCCACCCCUGAGUAGGGGAGGUGAUCGCAACAAACUGCUACUACAGAGGGAGUCCCGUUGGAUGUACAAGCUGGAAACCGUUACACCAAAGGGACUCAAUGCAUUUCUUGAUUGGCAGAUAUUUGAUAUGGCAAACUCCUGCAAACUGAUACAUCAAGUAGAUAUUCCUCUGGAUGAGACCCCUGUUCAUAAAGACCACUCUAUACUGGUUUCCAAAAAUUCAGUCAAAGACUAUAUCCUAUUUGCUUACAGGAGCAGCAAGGAAGCCAUGGUCCUAAGUGCCAGACGGGGGGCUGUUGUGGCAAAACUAACUUCCCAAGACCCAGUAGCCUCUGUUCAAGGUGUAGCUGUAACAAAAGAAUACUUUUUAGUCAUUUUCAGGUACCCAUCUCUGAAGAUGCAUGAUAUAGUGCACAUAGAGCUAUUCAGCGCUCAGACUUUUGCUUACAUUCGCACUGUUAAAGGUUGUUGUAAUGACUUUAUAACAAAGGUUUCUGUGAAUCGUCAAGGUUCUCAUGUUGUGGCAUUUUCACAGCUGCCCAACACCAACACAACAGAAAUAGUAGUCUGGAAUUUGGAAACAGAAGAACACAAACACAUUGUUAAAUUCUCAUCUGUACCUGAAGGAGGUCUAUGUUUCGACCUCCGUUACUGCUUAGCUUUUUGUGAUGGAGAAAACUUCCUGAGAUCAUGGAAUCUGGCUUCCUGUAUAAAUGACAGAUCUCUAACUGUAAACAUUAACAGUGGAAAGAAAACUGAUGGGAUACAAGAGUUGAUUACAAUGAAGAACUUUCCCAGGUAUGUUGUAUGUAGAAGUGUAAAACCCGGUGUCAUCACAGUUUGGAACAUUGUCAAGUCAAAGUGCAAAAGCAGUGCUGUGCGAGUGGAGCGUGGGCUGAUGGAAAACACGGACAUUGUGCUUAUCAGAGACAUGAAACUCUUCAUCCUGACUGAUAGAGGCAUGGCAUCAUUCACAGACACACCAAGACCAAUAUUUCAGACUCUUUUGACAUAUGACCUGCUGAAGAAAAAAUAUAUCCGCAAACAAACAGGCUUAUAUAUUAUUCCUUGUCCAAAACAUGAAUACAGAAUAUUGGAUGGGGGUUUUCUUUUAGGACUUUCUGAGAACAGAGAUCAUUUUGUCAUCUGGAACUUAGAGACAGGCUUUAUACAACAUCGUUUAAGACCGCAAUUUAAAGACAAACCUUCCUCACUCAAUAUACUUCCAGACCAUAAUGUAUACACAGGAGAUCAGCACAAAGAAGUACUGUUAAGGAAAAAGAAAGGGAAGGAAACAGAGCUUCAAACUCCAUGGGAAAAAAGAAAUGAAACCAAAACUGCAAAAAAACGUAGGUUAGAAGGCAAAGUGAAGCAGGAGAUGGAAAUGAUGCAGCAACUUUUGAAUGAGAAGAGUAAUUCUAUUGAGCAAUACAUUCUUAGUGAAAAUGAAAAGGUUAUUGUGUGUUCAUAUUAUGCCCACCACUUGUGUGUGUUUAGCUUGGAGACAAUGACUCACCUGCAUACUCUAGAAGACAGCACAUCCAUGCUUCUCCUACACAGCGCUGCACUUAAUUACAAUGGUACAUUCUUGGUCCUCUCCAACUACUGUGAUGCAGAAAAGAUCAGCUAUGUAACUUUAUGGGACCUGCAGUAUGGGCUGGUCAAGAAGCGAUUAAAAAAUGAACCAAAUGUUUGCUGUAUGGCCAUAACUGAUGAGGCUGAUCGAAUUGUGUUUGGUGUGACUAUAGGAAACAAGCUUAAGGUAUGGGAUCCUUUUAGACGAAAACACAAAAUUAUCCCUGGCUAUGAAAGCUUAAAUCUUACUGUUGAGAGCAAACUUCAAGUUAUAGAGGGAGGAUCAAAAGCAUUAUUACUGUCAGGUGAGGUUAGCUUGUGGGACCUGGAUAAUGGAACAUUAGUAUCAGUCUUCACCCCUGACAGCAAAAUCUGUAGCCUGUCUCUAGCAACAGAUAGGAAGACUAUCCUUGUUGGCAUGAGUGAUACGCCAUUCCUCAUUACACUCAGCAUUGCUUCAAAAGACAAAGGCAAUCUACAGUCCUCAGGAACUGAUUUAUUUGGGGAGGAAUCUACAAGCAGCGAAGAUGAACCUGAUGAUAAGGACCAACCAGAAAAAAAUAUAAAUGCAAAUUAACUAUAUUCUGGUGUCUGUACAGAAGUUUUACUCAGAGCUUAACAUUGGAAACCAUCAUUGAUGAGCUGAUGUAUGAGACAGGACUUGCUACUGGACACAAAGCAGUCUGUUUUAAUAAAGACACUAAUGUAUAGGAAUUUAUAGAAACUUGGCCAUUAUGAAAACAAGUGUUGCUAUGCUUAGUACUAGAUACCUCCUUUAUUUAUUGAUAAAUAUUUUUUUUUAACUAUUGAACCAAGUGAAUCUAAGCCUUUCAUACUGGGUGCCUUGUUGUGUUUUUUUAUUCACAAACUGUUAACAAAAUAUAGAAGUUACAUUAAAUGAAACAAUAU